CACUAAGGCACUAACUAAUCAGAUCAGAUCUCCUUGCCUUCUCACUUCACUGCCCACUACUCCCCUCGUCUCACGCUGCACGCGGCGCAGGCGUCCGAGCUUCCUUCUCCUCGCUCGGCGAGCUGUCUAGGUUACUCUGCGGCGGAUCCAUCCCGCAAGGGUUCAGAUCCAGAUCGCGCAGAAGAUGAAAUAAUCGAUUGUUUACCAUCAGUGCUUUCGACGGGCAUCAUGAGCUAGCUCUAAGUUGCUGCUACCGAAGAAAAAUCCAGAAUCCACGUAGGCUGAACACUGCCGCGGCAUUAAUUGAGCGAGCUCUCAGCUAGCAUGGCCAUGGAGGCGACUCUUGUCAGCGUGGCCACAGGGGUCCUCAUACCUGUCCUGGGAAAGUUAUCCACUUUGCUUGGUAACGAGUACAAGCGGUUCAAGGGUGUGCGCAAGGAGAUCAGGUCCCUUACUCAUGAGCUUGGUGCCAUGGAGGCUUUUCUCCUCAAGAUGUCCGAGGAAGAGGAUCCCGAUUCGCGGGAUAAAGUUUGGAUGAAUGAGGUGCGAGAAUUAUCCUACGACAUGGAGGAUGCCAUUGACGACUUCAUGCAAAGCGUUGAUGACAAAGACGAAAAGCCAAAUGGCUUCAUCGAGAAGAUCAAGAACUCACUAGGGAAGUUGGGGAAGAUGAAGGCUCGCCGUCGGAUUGGCAAAGAGAUUCAGGAUCUAAAGAAACAAAUAGUUGAGGUGGGCGACAGGAAUGCAAGAUACAAGAGUCGCGAGCCCUUCUCCAAGACCGUCAAUGCGACCAUUGACCCUAGAGCUCUUGCUAUAUUUGAGCAUGCAUCGAAUCUUGUUGGAAUCGAUGAGCCCAAGGCAGAGAUAAUCAAGCUGUUAAUAGAAGAGGUUGUUCGUGCUUCAGAGCAACAACAACAACUGAAGAUAGUCUCCAUUGUUGGAUCUGGAGGUAUGGGCAAGACAACUCUUGCAAACCAAGUGUAUCAAGAGCUAAAAGGAAAAUAUGAGUGUUGGGCUUUCGUCUCAGUUUCACGAAAUCCAGACAUGAUGAAUAUUUUGAGAACUAUUCUAAGUGAAGUGGCUAAGAAAGAUUAUGCUACCACUGAAUCAGGGGAUAUACAACAACUCAUUAUCAAGAUCAUAGAUUUUCUAGCAAACAAAAGGUACUUUGUUGUUGUUGACGAUAUAUGGGACAUGGAUACAUGGGAUAUUAUUAAGUGUGCAUUCCCCGCUAGAAGUUCUACCAGUAGAAUCAUCACCACCACUCGUAUGAACAGUGUCGCUAAUUUAUGUUGUUCGUCAUUCAAUGGUCAUAUUUACAAUAUAAGGGCUCUUGAUAUGGUGCACUCAAGACAAUUAUUUCACAUCAGAUUAUUUAAGUCCGAUGAAGAUUGCCCUGCACACCUUCAAGAAAUUUCUGAGCAGAUAUUGGAAAAAUGCGAUGGGUUACCUUUGGCGAUCAUUGCUAUAUCUGGUUUGUUGGCUAACACCGAAAGAACAGAAAAUAUAUGGAAUCAAGUAAAAGAUUCAAUUGGUCGUGCACUUGAAAGGAAUCCCAACGUUGAAGGAAUGAUGAAGAUUUUGUCACUUAGUUACUUUGAUCUUCCCGCUCAUCUAAAAACUUGCCUCUUAUAUCUAAGCAUGUAUCUAGAAGAUUCUACUGUUGAGAAGAAGGGCCUGAUAAGAAGAUGGAUUGUUGAAGGAUUCAUUCUUGGAGAAGGCAGAUACACGGCAUAUGAGUUAGGAGAAAGGUGUUUUAAUGAACUACUCAAUAGGGGUUUGAUCCAGCCUGUGGAGACAGAUGACUACGGCGAGGUGAAUAGUUGUCGAGUUCAUGACACAAUUCUUGAUUUCAUCAUAUCCAAGUCUAUAGAAGAGAACUUCAUUACUUUACGUGGUGUUCCCAUUCUGACAAUUGGGAACCAAAGCAAAGUUGUUCGUCGACUCUGUCUACAAGGUGUAAAGGAAGGAAAUUCAACUGUACUGACAGAAGGUCUCGUGUUGUCCCAUGUCCGAUCACUUACUGUGGUUAGAGGUCUCGUGAAAAUCUUUUCUUUUGAGGAGUUUAGACAUCUGCGUGUUCUCCACUUGAUGGGUUGCUCUGAAUUGGAUGAUCAUCAUCUUGAAAAUAUAAUGAGGUUGUUCCAGCUGAGGUACCUGAACCUCCAAGGUACAGGAAUAAGCAAGCUCCCGGAACAAAUUGGGCGUUUAGUGUGCUUAGAGAUACUCAAUCUAACACGUACUUAUGUACGGGGAUUACCUGCAUCUAUUGUUAAUCUCGGAAAAUUGUUGCAUCUACGUGUUGAUCAUGAUGUGAAAUUUCCUAAUGGGAUUGCAAAGAUGCAAGCACUGGAGACGUUGGGAUAUGUGAAGGUCUCCAUUCAGCCAAUUGACUUCGUGUGUGGCCUUGGCCAACUAAAGAAUUUGAGGAAUCUGCAGCUUGACCUUACUUUCGAAGGCGAUUGUGACAUUGAGGAUAGGGAUGUGGUUGGUGAGGAACGCAAGAAAGCUAUAGUCUCUUCAUUGUGUAAGCUAGGCACCCAGAACCUCCGCUCCUUGAGUAUUUGGUGUGGGAGCAGCCUCUUACAGGGACCUUUGUGCCUGCCUACCCUUGAGAAACUUACUACCGGGUCUUCGGCUGUCCCGCAGAUUCCGACAUGGUUGAGCUCCUCUAGAAACCUCCAACUGCUAUGGAUUGAAGUUGAGGUAGUCAAGCAGGACGAUCUCUGCAUACUUGGGGCCUUACCCAGUUUGCUCGUUCUGCAUCUGGAAGAAGCAGCAAAGUCAAAAGAAAAGCUCAGAAUCAGUGGUGAAGUUGGGUUCCAACUAUUGAGGAUUUUCAUUUAUGAUGCAUCUGAUGAACCAGUAGAUCUGAUAUUUGGGGUAGGGUCCAUGCCCAAGCUAGAAAAACUCGAGCUUCGUUAUUUGUGUGCAGUUGAAGCUGACUGUCUGGACUUUGGAAUCGGGAACCUCCCCUGCCUUAGUAUCAUCAAAUUUAUUGGUGUUGGUGGUGACUAUGACAUUGUUGAAGCAGUGAAGAUUGCCAUGAAGAGAGCAGCCAGCGCACAUCUCAACCACCCUAGUCUACACUUUUUAGAAGAAUAAUAUGACGGGUCUCCAAUGCCCAGCUUUGAUUUAACAAGCCAAGAACUUCUCAUGCCGAUUCUCAUGUUUAAAAGUCUUUAGCUCGAAACCUCUCUCUUCCAUGAUACACUAGUACACUGUACUCUCCGUUGGCUAAUGUAUUAUAUUUGACAUGCAUGCUUUCCAUAUUUUACAUUUGACCAGUAAUUAGUUGACAGCAUAUUUGCGGAGUUUGUGUUCCAAGGCAA